CACGUGUUUGUUAUUUCAUUCACGCGCCCUCGAGGAAAAAAAUGAACGUGUCUGCAUCCAUUAAGCAGUAGUCCAAACCGAGUCAAUAUGACAAGAAAUUUCAAACAAUGGCUCAAGCAGGGGCUCAAGGCGACUAAAGAUGAAAACGGACAUGGCGUGCCUCCGGAACCACCAUACCGCGAAUACUGGCCAAACCUCCCGGCAUCCUCAGCAAACACAAAACUAAACUACGGCCUCUUUCAGAGACUACCGCUGGAAGUUCGGCAGCAGAUUUUGACCCAGGCAUUUGGGAAACGAACUUUACACGUCCAUCUCGCCUACGACCAUCCGCUUGCUCGUAAGCCAAAUUCCGGAGAGAACAAAAGGCGGAUGUUCCUAUCAAAACGUGCCGACGAGAAACGACCUGAAAACCGCCGGCGCCAUUGCGGCUUGGGGUCCAAUCUCGUCCCCGACGCCAGCAGGCCAAAGCAGUGGCAGUGGUUUAGCUGCGUGUGCCACCGCCGCGUGGUCGAGGCUCGGGAAUGCCGGCCCGAACCUCAAAGACCACCGCAGGGGAGGAUCGAGCCCUGCAACGACGGUUGCCUUAACGGCAGGCUCUUCACAACACGCUAUACUACUAAUGCUGAAUGGGGUAGGCUAUGCCGAUGUGAGCCCAUCGCAGAGUACGACCGGCCCAUGGCAGACCGCGAGUGCUUCAUCGGGAUCAUGGGCUGGCUGUUGGCAUGUCGACAGGCCUACAUCGAGGGGGUCGACAUCCUCUACCGGACAAACACCUUCCACAUGUCGAGCCUACCACUCCUGCUCAACCUCGCGCGUCUGAUGCCCCCGCGCCGCCUGGCCACCAUCACCAGCGUCGAACUGCUCUGGGACCUUUUUGACGACCGUGAGACUAUAAAAACCGUCUAUAAGCAAGCACAGGCUUCCCCCUCGUCGGUGCCGCCGCAGUCGCAGCCUAGCACCAAAUUCCACGAGCUCCGCCAGAUCACGCCCCGGAUCUUCCCCAACGCCCGCAACGUCUACGUCGCCGUGCAGGCUCCGAUCGAGCCAUUAUUCUGGGCAGAACGACCGGCGGCUUGCCUGCCUCUUCUCGAGCGUGCCAUCCUGGGCCCGGUGGAGGACAUGUUCCGCGCCAUGGGCCCGGAGCCGGAGAAGGAGUUCAGUUUCGCCAUUCAGCUGGGCGGGUUUCUCGCUCUUGCGAGGCGUCAUUGGCGGGACAAGGACGUGGAUCCUGGCGUUUACAGGCGUGCUCCGAGUCAAUGUGCGGUGGAUGAGAGCGGGUACUUUGUGCUCGACGGCGUCUCGUUCCGCGCCAUCAGAGCGUGGAGACCGCUUGGUCCGGGCGGCGCUGGGUACUGGCUUCGUCCGGGGCUGACUGAUUCCUGGACUGCUGGGCUAGGGAUGUUUGAUAUCUGGGGAACGUGGGACGAUUUACCGUAGACGUGGUGAGCUCUGAUUACGGCCUGCUCGGGCGCAUCUGUGCGAGCUAAGGUGGUGUAGAUGCGGAGGGAGAUCGCGAAGGAGCAUGUUGCCGGCGUGGUAAGGAAGUUAUCAGAAGCGACUAAGUUUCUAGGAAUUAGCCACAAGCGAUACAUGCCAGAUCAUCUCCUUUGUCUAUUUAUAUUGCUCUUUCUCUCCUUUAUAUAUACUUUAAUAAGGUACUCUUUGUAUUCCUUCCUCUAUACCUAAAUGUAUUAGAGACUCUCUAGUUAUAAUAUAAAGGAAACUAUACCUAAGAG